AUGGCCACCAAAGAAAAACUGAUCACCCAAGUACUGAAGGAGGAGCCUGGGAGCAGCAGGAACAAAGUAACGGUGGUGGGUGUCGGCAUGGUGGGCAUGGCCACUGCCGUGAGUCUCCUGCUCAAGGAUCUGUGUGACGAGCUGGCACUGGUGGACGUGAUGGAGGACAAACUGAAGGGUGAAGCAAUGGACCUGCAACAUGGCUCCUUCUUCCUGAAAACACACAAGAUUGUAGCAGACAAAGACUACAGCGUGACAGCCGGCUCCAGGGUGGUAGUGCUGACAGCCGGCGCACGUCAGCAGGAAGGAGAGAGUCGUCUGAAUCUGGUGCAGCGCAACGUCAACAUCUUCAAGUUUAUCAUCCCCAACAUUGUCAAGUACAGCCCCAACUGCAUCCUGAUGGUUGUCUCAAACCCAGUGGACAUCUUGACCUACGUUGCUUGGAAGUUAAGUGGGUUCCCCCGCCACCGUGUCAUCGGCUCAGGCACCAACCUGGACACAGCCCGCUUCCGCCACCUCAUGGGAGAGAAAAUGACUCUCCACCCUUCAAGCUGCCAUGGCUGGAUCAUCGGAGAGCAUGGAGACUCCAGCGUGCCUGUUUGGAGUGGCGUGAACGUGGCCGGUGUCAGCCUUCAGGGCCUCAACCCUAAGAUGGGGGCUGACGGAGAUAGUGAAGACUGGAAGGCUGUGCACAAAAUGGUGGUUGAUGGCGCUUAUGAGGUGAUCCGUCUGAAAGGUUACACUUCAUGGGCCAUCGGGAUGUCUGUGGCUGACCUGGUGGCGAGCAUCACUAAGAACAUGCACAAAGUUCACCCCGUGUCCACGCUUAUCAAGGGCAUGUACGGCGUGAAAGAGGAGGUUUUCCUGAGCGUCCCCUGCGUCCUGGGCAACACGGGCCUGUCGGACAUCAUCAACAUGACCCUGAAGCCUGAGGAGCAGCAGCAGCUGGUGAAGAGCGCUGAGACGCUGUGGGCCGUCCAGAAGGAGCUCACACUGUGA